UUUACAUCUGGAUAUCAAAAAGUGCUCAAAACAAUCUACACAGAAUGUAAAGUCACUUGUCAUUCAUUACAUAGAGCCUCUCAGUCGAGAGAUCUGAGUGUGAUGUAGUCCAUCUUAUACUCCGCACCUCCGCCUCUCUUCAUCUUCUCACCUCCCAGUACUCUUCAAACGAGCAUGGUUAUUCAAUCACAUAGAAAGUUCUAUAGAAACCCUAGCCCAACAUCUCUCUUCAUGCAGCAUUCUUCUCAUUUUGCUUCAAGGUCAUUCCUUCAAUUGUCGCCAGCCUCGGGGGCACAUGGUGAUUUGCGAAGAAGUUAUGAAGUGCGACUACGUAAUUUGCAGCAUGAAUACAAUACACACUACCCUAUCACUGAUCUCUGUUUCAAAUCACAACAUCAACAACGCCGAGGUCUCUAUCCCGUUGAAGGGCGGUGCCGGCAGAAACAUGGGAACAAAGUGGAAGAGACAUCUUCUUCACCCCAUCUUCUUCAGUGAUACCAGACCUAUGAUUUCAUAAGUCUCACUCACACGUCAAGCUUCCAUAUGUGAAUAUGAUGAUAGCAUUCCAUGUUUACUCGGCAUCAUAGUCGCCAACCAUCUCAUUCAAUCUCACUUCUUUCCUUGGUCUCUAGUCUAGUCGAGAUUACACUUGAUCCAUGGGGAAUGAUGGAGCUCAAUUCGAGAGUCUCAAUGUUAUUCUGCGGGCCUUGAUAUCGUACAGCCUUCAAGUACAGAUUCUCAAUAUAGUUCGAUUCAAUACCUACAAAGUUUUAUAUCACCGCUGCUUGGCAAUAUUAUUACUGCACCUCUAGCUGUAUUUUCACCCUUUUUUGAUUCCAUCUUCAUCUCCGUCGAAUUCUCUUACUGAAAUUCCUUCCACGUUUCCAUUCCCUAUAGGCUAUCAUCUUUUCUCCAAUACAUUCAUACCUCCCACUUCAUCCCAACUUCUUGACUCAGCUUGUCUUUCCCUCCACCACUAAAAGUCCAAGCGUCAUUUGCGCUUAAGCUAAAUUUGGAUUACGGUGAACGAAAGAACCCUGAUAUGACGCAUUACUUAUCAUCUUUUCCCCGAUUUUCCAUUCAAAUCAAUUUGAUAUAAAUACAAUAAAUAAUAAUGAAUACUUUAUCAAUUCAACCUUAUCAUCUCCCCAACAGUCAUAUCAGUAUCAAAGUUCUUGCAGAAGGGGCUGCAAAUGUUAUAUAUCAAAUCACGGUUGGUCCAGGAUCACAAGACAUUGCCGAACUGGACAAGGAUCAUCAAGAAUUAGAACAUCUCUCUGGAAAAUUAUUACGUCUUCGGAAAGAUGUUCCCACUACAGCCCCAACUGCAGAUUCACAUCAGCAAUGGCUCGGAUAUAUCUUACCCCUAUUCAAACCAGAACAAUUAGUCACUCAAGAAUUGGUCUACAUUGGUCAUCUCAAUGUAAUUCCUGGAUUGAAUACCGAUCUCAGACGUUUUGAUAACCCCGGUGGUACAUCUCCCUCAAAUCAUCUCGCCCCACCACCAAAAGGGAAAUUUUAUCGUUCAAGAGCACAAAGUGGUACUUUCUUAGCGAAAGACGAUUAUGGUCUUCUGGUAACAGAUAUGACACCAAGGAAAUCAUUACAAGAAACUGUCGUAGAAUUUAAACCAAAAUGGCUCUCUCCAUCCCAUGAAAUGCCACCUAAAGCCAUAAGAUGUCGUACUUGUGCCCUUCACGCACGUCGGAUCGCUUUGGGAGAAGAAAGAAAAAAUACUGAUCUUCAAUCAUAUCUUUGUCCACUCAAACUUACGGAUGAUGACCCAAAGUUAAAGUUCGCAAACUAUGAGGCAUCCGCUUCACAUAUAUUACACAAAACUCCUGAAUCACCUGCCGUUCAAUCACUUGCACAAUGGAUCCACGAAGAUCCUUUAUUAAAACGGCUUCGCGAUCUCCAAACAGAGUAUGAUCGUAAGGGAUCGUUGAAGUCGGAAAAAGCAUCGCAUGAACUUUGCGUGGCGAUGACCCUCAGAGAUUGUUCUUUGUACAUUCGUAUGAAUAAGAAUUCACAGGUUAUAGAAGCUCGUUUGGGAGAUCUUGACUAUAAAUCGGCUAGUAAAUAUUCUUCGUGGAGGAAGAAAGAACAGGAAUUGGUUGAUGAGGGGUGGUAUUGUGGUGAAGAAAAGAAGGAACUGAAACAACCCAUUGACGAGUGUCUGUUGUCAAGAAGGAUUUGAGUUAUGUGGAAACACUUCUGAUGCCACCGGGCUGGAGAAAGUCUCUGGUGAGAAGUUUCAAUGAGUUGGGAAUUCCAUAUUCAUGAAGUUGAUUUCCAAUAUUGCCUGCAGUCUGAUAAUCAAGAGCUCUGAAUGUCCGAAGACAAUUCGAAAAUCGAGAUGCAAUCAACUUCUCCGAUCACUCGAACCUUCUGGUCAUAUUCGAGCAGUGAUAGCUACGAUCAUCGGACUGUAGUCGUAGCAACGGAUACCAUAGAAGAUAGGAUUUCGUGCGGGUGGGAAUAAUGUUUAAUGGAGUUUGACAUAGAUGGUUGGGAACAUGGGUUAGAUAAUAAUUAUGAGACACCCUUAUUUUUUUCAUUGACACUGCUACUUUAUACGUAUCCGCUAUAGAAGGUAUGGUUGGGGAAAUAAGUAUUGAGGGAUAUUUUGUGUAUUCGCCGGAAAGGACAAGUGCGGGAAAUUUACAUUU